AUGAAAGUCGAUUCAUCUUUAGAAACUAUUCAUUCACAUUCUUCUAGUCCUGUCCAACAUCAUUCUCAGCCAUUAGUCCAUCCUACAACACCUCUAACCAACAAGUACACCGAUGAGGCGCGCCAGUAUCUCGAAAAACAUCGUAUCCUAGAAAUCGUCCAGCAGCUCACUACUUCAUUGUUGAUAGAAAAACCAGUCAACCCUCAAGAGUUUAUGAUACGAAAACUCGAAGCAAUGCGUGUGGCAAGAGCACGCAAUCAAAACCAUGUUUUGUUUACUCGAGCCAAUAUUGUUGCAUUAUACAAAAUAUUUGAUAUCACUGGUCGUGGAUACAUUAGUAUCGAACAGUAUCGUGAAGCAAUGAUGACAAUCGGUGCAUCAAAAUACAAUCCAAAGCCUCUAGGGUAUGGAGUCAAUCGUAUUAGUUCCGAUACGUUUGCAGACGAGGCGCUUACUGCAUUGCGAAAAUUAUAG